UCAACACGUGCAUUCGUGGUGUUUUGUAUUGUGUUGUUUAGAUUUGCUUUAUUUAUUCCCUGAAAUGAGUGAAGCCGCCCCAGAAACUGCGCCAGCCAAGACGCCCUCGAAGGCCAAGAAGGAGGCGAAGCCGGAGAACAGCAUUCCACGCGGCCAACCCAAGUCCAACCGACCGUGGAAGACGCCCAAACAGAAAUUCAGCAAGAUCAAGAAGACCAUCAACCGGCUGACCUUCGAAAAGAAGUCGGCCUUGCGCGACGAGUUGCGCUACAUCAAGGAGCGCUCCAAGGAGAUCAAGGAGAAGCGCAAGGAGGACGCCGUCCAGAAGCACAAGCGCCGCGUGGAGAACGCCGAGCGCCGACUGGCCAACGAGCGCCGCUCGGAGGUCGUCCAGGUCAUCAAGAAUCCCGCCAAGCUGAAGCGCAUGAAGAAGAAACAGAUGCGCAUGAUCCAGAAGCGCGACACCAGCCAGGUGAAGGUGGUCUGAGGUGGUUCCCUAGAGUUAGCAUCUAUUUUUUUCGCUAAAUAAAUUAGUUUUAAUGCCAAGAAA